AUGGCCAUUUCUUCACUGGUCGAACAGCAUGGAAGCGCCUUACGAUCGUCGGCCGUCGCACGCGUCGGACAGGCCGUCAACAUGGCCAUCGAGCGUUUCGUCACCGUCGGCGAGACCAUCGCCGACGAUUAUUCGGAGGUGCGACAGGGAAUGUACGAGGCAUGUAAAGAGGCCCGACAAGCAGGUGGCGCAAUUGAAAGGAUAUGCGAGGAAGCGGAAGAAGAAAUCAUGACCGAUCGAACGGUGCUAGUGAAAGCUGCCAGAUGCCUUCUCGGAUCUGUGACUAGAGUUCUUCUAUUAGCAGAUAUCGUAGUUGUUAAGCAAUUACUGUUAGCAAAAGACAAGGUGCAACGUAGCUUAGGUCGUCUAGAAUCGGUAAAUAACUUUACGGAGUUCGUGAAGGCGUUCAGUCAGUUCGGCGCCGAAAUGGUCGAACUGGCGCAUCUGACCGGAGAUAGGCAGAACGAUCUCAAGGACGAACGGCGGAGGGCGCAGAUGGCGGCCGCGAGGCAGGUGCUGGAACGGUCGACGAUGAUGCUUCUCACCUCCAGUAAGACUUGCCUCAGACAUCCGGACAGUACGACCGCCAGAGAGAACCGGGAUACGGUGUUUUGUCAGAUGCGGCGAGCUAUGGACUUGAUUCACUACGUCGUUAAGGACGGCGUUUUGAAUUCGGUAGAGCCUUGCUCACAAUCAAUACAGGGUGAAGAUGUCGAAGUAGAACGGAGCACGGUUUAUUCUUGUAUGCGACGUUUACAGAACGUGUUAGAGCUUUGCAGAGUUAGUUUAGAUCCCUCUUACCAAGAUACUCUUCCGGCGGCUCUAGACGCCGUCUUGGAACGUACACAAGACUUUACAGACAGUGCCUAUACAAGCCACGAACACCGCCAAGCCAUUUUGGACGGCAUCGACAGAGUGAAGGACGAAGUGGAUCACGUUCUCGGUUUAUACGCGAACCUGAUGGCAAUAGAUGGCGCGACGAGCUGUCCCGAGCUCGACUCUUGCGUAUCAUCCGCUUUAACCGCCGCAAAAGAUUUAUCGAGAGAACUUGCUCAAACCGCCUUGCAACAAGCUCAAGAGCUCAGCACAUCGACUAAGCAAAGUCAGGAGCUUGUCGGAACUAUACGGCAGCACGCUCUUAUCCCAGAACUGGAUCGUUUACACCACACCUCGGGGGCCUUUCACGAUUCCAUAGAUCACAUUUUGGAAGUUUGUAAAUUGCUGAGACACGUAGCCGUCUCCGAAACGUUACAAGUAUCCGCAAGAUUCACCGAAAUUAAUUUAAGAGUAUACGGACCACAGGUUAUCACAGCGGCCAAGUCGUUGGCCGCGCAUCCUGGUAGUAAAAUUGCUCAAGAAAAUCUAGAAGUGUUCGCCGACAUGUAUCAGUGGCUGGUUUCCGAUGUCACGUCGGUCGUUAAGGAGGUCAUCGAAGCGAGCCAGGCGCGACCCGAGAAGCAAGUUUACAUGUCUUUGCCGAGACCGGGGAAACACGGCACGACAUCGAAGCCACUAAAAUCCGUUCGAUUGGACGUCGACGAGCAGGAGAAGAUCGCGAAGUCCGGGCUGGAAAUGAAGCUGAUCAGUAGCGAGAUGGACGCCGAAACGGAAAAGUGGCAGGAGAGCAGCACGCAAAUGGAGGAAAAUAACGACAUCGUUAAGAGAGCUAAGAACAUGUCGUCGAUGGCGUUCUCCAUGUAUCAGUUCACGAAGGGCGAGGGCUCCCUGAAGACCACCCAGGAUCUGUUCACGCAGGCGGAGUACUUUGCGGAGGAGGCGAACAGGCUGUACAAGGUGAUCAGGCAGUUCAGCUACCAGGUACCUGGGGGCGCUAACAAGAAGGAGCUGCUGGAGAGUCUGGACAAGGUGCCGACGUUCGUACAGAGACUCCAGUUCACCGUCAAGGACCAUACGGUGGGGAAGGCGGCGACGUUUACCAAAGUGGAUAAUGUGAUACAAGAGACGAAGAAUCUUAUGAACGUCAUAUCAAAAGUCGUUACGACAUGUUUCGAGUGUGCUACUAAGUACUGUAUACCGAUCCCGGGUUCGGAGCUUUUUGUUCCUCCUCCUGACAAGUAUAAGCUGGAGUUUCGUGGUGCGAACGGCGUGUCCGGCCGUGGGUCCGGUGGCGAGGGACGUUCGUCUUCCGGCGUCGGUGGAAGCGGCGAUAACAAGGGAGUAGGUGCCACAGGAUCGGAUCAGAGUUUAUGACAGUUGGGGAUGUCCAGACGCAACAAGGGAGACUCGAGACGUACUCGGGUCUCAUUCCUGUUGUUCUAGGACAUCUUCGGCUGCGUUGUUAUAUAUUGUUAUAAGCGGUAUAUUGUUCCCAUUUUGUUGCUAUGAUAUCAAAAACGUUUGUAGUAUUUAUUUUGUAAUCAAAGGUAUAUCGAUUAGUUGCUCUCAGGAAGACCUUCAUAAGGUCUUUUCGGUGCACUGCUUAGGUAGUUGCUCAACGUCUUUAGUGCCGAAUGUUUAUUGUCGAAUGUACGUUGUUCGUACCAAACUUAGACGUUGUAAUGCAAAUGAAAGAAUUAUGGCUGAAAACUAGAGAGAUCAGUGCAACAUCAUUUACGUCAAACAGAUUUUAGUGCUUUUUACUGCAAUCCAAGAAAUCUGUGUUCUCCUAAAGUUGCAUCAAUUCCCAUAGAAAUUAUCUGGAUUCAGGAUUACCCUAGGUCGAAGCAUGCAGUAGUGGUAUAUGAAGUUCCUUACUAGAUUUAUCCGGUUUUAACUUUUUCGGGCAUAGCGUAAAUUCUGCAGUUCAAAAUUUCUCAACGUAUGCUCGGUUUGAAACACGUAAUGCCGGUGAAUAUUUUAACUUCGCGCGAAUAUGACUUUUUUUUAAUUUUUAGUUGGACGAAAUUAAUUUGUCGUCGCUCAAGUCAUAUGCCGCUCUCCUGAAAAUGCACCGGUCUGCACGCGUUUCAUUUUCAAUGUCAACAAAGGCCUAUUUUUUGUAAGGUCAUCACAAGGUCAAUUAUCUUAAUGUUAUAUGCUAAUAAUGUGUCCUUGAGCAAACCUCUAGUCUAGAAAAUGAUCAUUUGAGAGAAAACUAAAUUGACCUUUGCACGUGAAAGGAUUAACGUGAACGCGACUCAAGGUUAACAAGGGCUAAUGAGACCAGUCCAGUUCCGUGGUGUUAUAUUUCAUUUUCAAAGGUCAAUGGCCCCAUUUUUGUAGUGUCAUACUUCAUUUUUAAUGUCAUCAAAGGUCAAUGCUCGUAAGGUUAUAUGCUAAUAAUGUGUUCUUGAACGAACCUCUGGUCUAGAAAAUGAUCAUUUGAAAAAUAACCUGUACUUUGUACCCCAACUACUUUCCACUAGAGGAUAGCGACCUUAACCUUCACCUCCACAAAUUUUCCAGCGGGUAAGCAAUCUCUGAGCCUUAUUUCCAAGGUCACACAGUUAUUACAUAAUUCGGCGCUAUUGUUCGCAUUUAUCGUAAUAGUUUCCCAUUCGCGCAAAUUAAACUGUAUUUAAGGUCAUGCAACUUGACUUCACACUUAGAACUUCACGCGUUUGUUCGUAUUUACGGCGAUGAUUUCCGAGCGGAAGAUAUCCCUUUCAAAUAAAGGUCGCAAUUUUCUUCUUGUUUGAUUUAAACAUCAAUAGAAGACCUAUUUUCGUUCUGAAUCAGAAAGUGACUUCACACCAAUCAGAGACGAGCACGCCCUCUAUGCUCCCCCUGUGCCGUCACAGCCAAUGAGCGGCGUGAUCCACUAUUUUGUCGGGCACCAUCUUGGAUCGGUCGCCAUUUUAUUAGUCACUAAACCCGCCAUUUUGUUAGGCGUCAUUUUGGAUCGGUCCCUAUUUUAUUAGUUACCAAAUCCUCCAUUUCGUUGGUCGUCGUCUUGAAUCGACCGCCAUUUUAUUAGUCACCAAAUCCGCCAUGUUGUGGGGUGCCAUCUUGGAUCCGCCCGCCAUUUUAGUAGUCACUAAAUCCGCCAUUCUUCUGCAGUCCGCCUGUCUCGUGCCAUCCGCCAUCUUGGAUGUUAAUUUGGACUCAAAUUCCGGCCUCAAAAGAAGGCAGUGUACCUUCCUUUUUACCAAAAAUCGACUGCUUCAACAUUUCUCGGGAAAACACUUUUUCUCUCUAAUUUUCACGCGUUUGUUCGUAUUUACGGCGAUGAUUUCCGAGUCGGAAAAUAUCCUUUUCAAAUAAAGGUCGCAAUUCUCUUCUUGUUUGAUUUAAACAUCACUAGAAGACCUAUUUUCGUUCUGAAUCAGAAAGUGACGUCACACCAAUCAGAGACGAGCACGCCCUCUAUGCUCCCCCUGUGCCGUCACAGCCAAUGAGCGGCGUGAUCCACUAUUUUGUCGGGCACCAUCUUGGAUCGGUCGCCAUUUUAUUAGUCACUAAACCCGCCAUUUUGUUAGGCGUCAUCUUGGAUCGGUCCCUAUUUUAUUAGUCACUAAAUCCUCCAUUUUGUUGGUCGUCGUCUAUGAAUCGACCGCCAUUUUAUUAGUCACUAAAUCCGCCAUGUUGUGGGGUGCUAUCUUGAAUCCGCCCGCCAUUUUAGUAGUCACUAAAUCCGCCAUUCUUCUGCAGUCCGCCUGUCUCGUGCCAUCCGCCAUCUUGGAUGUUAAUUUCUACUCAAAUUCCGGCCUCAAAAGAAGGCUUCCUUUUUACCAAAUAUCGACUGCUUCAAAAUUUCUCGGGAAAACACUUUUUCUCACUAAUUUUGGUGCGUAGAAUCCAAAACGAUUCGUACUUUUUCGAUCAGGCCCCUCAAUCAAAAGUU